AUGGACAUUUCCAAACUACACAAGACCGCCGGCGCUCAGGACGCAGAUGAGAGUGCCGCAAAGGCACAGAAAGCCGCACAAGAGGAGCAAGCAAAACGAGAUAUGCUCGCCACGCUGCUCGAGUCAGACGCCCGCGAGCGCCUAAAUCGUAUCGCACUCGUCAACCCACAGUUGAGCAACCAAGUCGAGCUCAUCCUCGUUCGCAUGUUCCAGUCGGGUCAGCUCCGGGGCCGCGUCUCGGAGAAACAGCUUAUUGAUCUCUUGGAUCAAGCCGAUGGUGCACAAAGUGGCUCUGCACCCAAAAAAGGGAGCAUCGUCUUUCAACGACGAAGGGAUAUAGACGACGACGAUUGGGAUAUAUAA